GCUGAUUUGACUCAUGCAGUGUAUUUACAUUGAAACGGGUACCGUGUGAUUGGCCAGCCUGUCUGACGUACGUGUGUUGACGUUUCAUCAAAACAAAGCACAGUCUCGCGUCUCUGGCGAGCAUUUUACCACGGCAAUUCGUUGCUGAUGCGUCGUUUCUGGGCUUACGUUUGCAAAAGUGUCAGUUAGCUGUUCUUUACGUGCAUUACCAGCUUGUAAGUGAAGCAAGUGUUGUGGGCCGUGAUGUCGUCCACUGUAAAAUUCACAUCGGACGAGAUUCUAGGCGAAUCAUGGGUGGAGUUGAAUCCUGUACCGGAUAGGAUAACACCGUUACCAUUCAGUGCUGGUGGAGAGGAGUACCUACGACUUCUUAGGGAAGCGCAAAGGGAUUCAUUACCUUCGUCUGCAAGGCAUUCUUUGGCAUCUUCUCGUCGAGGCACACCAAGAGAUAGCCCGAAGAGCCCGCCAAAUAGUCCCAACACGGAAUUGUCAACCGAAGAUGAAUUGAAAGGAGUCUAUAUAAAUUACUGUUGCAACAAGGAAAAUGAACUUUUGGAGAAGAAUACCGAUUGGAUUUACGAAUGGAGUUCGCGACCAGAUCAAGCACCGCCAAAAGACUGGAAAUUCAAACAUCCUCAGGGAAUAAAUAAAAAGAAAUCUUAUAGCAUUCGUACUACGAAAGUUGGCAAGAUUGGCUUGUUUUCCAAAGAGGUUCUUUAUACUCUGUUUAUCACGAAUAUUCUGUCCGUGUUGGUUGGAGCUGGCUUAGGGGUCUGGUUGACCAGGCGAGGAUCCGUAACGCCCAGCAUAACCAUCGAGUGAAGAAGAUAACAAAACAAAUAACCACGUACACGAAAGUCAGGAUUGUCGCGCUAGAUUUUGCAAGAAUACGGAGUAAAACAAGGGUCGGUUUAAUCGAGCUGUAAGAAAGACUGAAGAGAACCAAGAGGGUCGAUCGAGCCUAACAGACACGCAACAUUAAUAUUUCGAUUACCCCGAUUUAAUUAUUAGCACUUUAUAUCUUAAUCCUCUUCCCUGCCUGGAAAAAACUUAACGGUGUACUUAUUGAACGCCGUACUAAACAUGUAAGUUGUAUUUGCAAUUAUAUGCUUAGGCAAAAGAAAAUACAAAAAAAAAAAAAAAGAAAAAAUCAUAUGAUUUAUUAUAUAUAUAUAUA